AGUGUAGGGCAGGGAAAUGCAUGUGGCUGUAGAAUUCCUAAUUCUUACCCUUUGGGUAUUUCCCUUUACCUUAGCACAAAAUCAGGAAAAGAAUUGUGGUCAUCCAGGAGACACACCAGAUGGAAACUUCAGACUCAUACGGGGUACAGAGUUUGUGUUUGGAGCUACAGUGGAAUAUACUUGUAAUAUAGGGUUUGAAAUGGCCAGCAGUGUAAGUCAUCGUAACUGCCACACAGAAGGUUGGGAUAAUGCUGUCCCUCUCUGUAAAAAAAAGAAUUGUGGUCAUCCAGGAGACACACCAGAUGGAAACUUCAGACUCAUACAGGGUACAGAGUUUGUGUUUGGAGCUACAGUGGAAUAUACUUGUAAUAUAGGGUAUGUAAUGGCCAGCAGUGUAAGUCAUCGUAACUGCCGCACAGAAGGUUGGGAUAAUGUUGUCCCUCUCUGUAAAGGUAAGAAAAUAGUCAUUUGUUUUCACCCUUGCUUUGAUAAUUUAACAAUAAUUUGUUAUAACACAAGCUACAUCUAGACCAGGAUUUUCAAUUAUACUGAAAUAUCGAGGACCAGUGGUGAGGCACAGUGAACAAAGAAAACUCAACACCAAACUGAUUCUGGGCCCAAGUACUAUGGCUAAUGAGGCCAGUCCAGACCAGGAACUCAUGUUUGGCCCUCUCCAACCAUGCCUGUACUCCUUGGAGGCAAGCUUAACUGGAUGGAUCCAUCUGCAAGCAGCCUCUGGAAGACCACAGAGCUGGUGUGGAACUGGGUCUUCUCGAGCUUGAUGUAAAGGUGGUUUUCCAGAAGCAUGUAUGUACCUGGUGUGUGCCACAUGCUUGUCUAGAUUCGUCUGGAUUCUCCUAGUCAGGUGUUGAACUAAACAAAAGAUAUACACCGAUCAGGCAUAACAUUAUGACCACCUCCUUGUUUCUACACUCACUGUCCAUGUUAUCAGCUCCACUUACCAUAUAGAAGCACUUUGUAGUUCUACAAUUACUGACUGUAGUCCAUACGUUUCUCUACAUACUUUGUUAGCCUGCGUUCUUCAAUGGCCAGGACCUCCACAGGACCACUACAGAGUAGGUACUAUUUAGGUGGUGGAUCAUUCUCAGCACUGCAGUGACACUGACAUGGUGUUGGUGUUAGUGUGUGUUGUGCUGGUAUUAGUGGAUAAGACACAGCAGCACUGAUGGAGUUUUUAAACACCUCACUGUCACUGCUGGACUGAGAAGGGUCCACCAACCGAAAAUAUCCAUCCAACAGUGUCCUGUGACCACUGAUGAAGGUCUAGAAGAUGAGCAACUCAAACAGCAGCAAUAGAUGAGCGAUCGUCUCUGACUUUACAUCUACAAGGUGGACCAACCAGGUAGGAGUGUCUAAUAGAGUGGACACGGCAUUUAUUGUAAUUGUACAUAGAACUACAAAGUUCUUCUAUAUGGUAAGUGGAGCUGGACAGUAAGUGUAGAAACAAGGAGAUGGUUUUAAUGUUAUGGCUAUCGGUGUAUACUGCAAUAAGGAAGGGUUGAGAAUGAGAAUGGAGUACACUUGUUCUAAAGUGCAUAGGUAUUCUUUGUACUUUGUAGUAGUUAAAAUGUGUAUUUUUUUUUUUUUAAAUGACCAUUUUUUUCCAAUCCAAUGUUUUGGAUGUUUUUAUAUUAACUGAGUUAUUGUUCACACAUUAGUCUUGGACAUUUUAACUACUCAUACAGCACUGGACAUUUUGAUUUAGAAACUCAGGUAAGCACUGGUAUGUUUUUUUUUUGGUGUUGUUUUUUUUUGUUUGUUUUUAGGUUUUAGAAGACAAUUUGUUUUUACUUAUAAAUUAAAGAAUCAGAUAAAUUGAUAAAACACCAAAAAGACCUCUAUAUUAUCUUUUAGAAAUGCUAGAAAACGUAAAUUAUGUAACUUUGUCUUGGAGAAGUAGAAUGCCAGCCUCCUGAUAUACCUCAUGGGACUAUUUCUAACCCCAAGUCAGCAUACAAGUUAAAUGAAGUGUUAAAAUAUACAUGUGACUCUUUCUACAAACCCAAACCUGGAAUCAUUCAAUGCACUAAAUAUGAGUGGAGUAUAUAUCCAGAGUGUCAAGGUAAUGUGCCUUUCUUUUAUGUCCUGUUUACCUUAAACUUUAUAAAAUAUAACUACAGCAAUACUACAACCCCAAAUCAGAAAAAGUUGGGACAGCACUGAAAAUGUAAAUAAUAAAAAACACAAAGUUUC